UAACCCACCAUUGCAGUCUUGACUUUUAUUACUCUCCUGCCUCCUUCCCCCAGGUCCAGUCGAUUAGGACGCAAAAUCCUUAACUUUCUUGCUUUUACAACAAGUAUUCCUCUCCGAGUCUUCGAUCUACGAUACCUACCACACUCUUCCCUCAUUCACUCCGUAAAUGGUACCGCCCCCUGCUAGUCUUCCCCCGCUAAUCUCGCAUUGAUCCCUUUUGUUCACUCCAGUCCCCACCUCCUCCCUUUCCUUUUUUAUCUCUCCCAUUCUGUCCCUCAAUUUUCUUUUUCCUCCCUAAACACAAAAAUGUCACUUCUUUUCCUUGUUCUUCUCCUCCUCCUCCUCUUCUCCUCGCUUUCCUUCUCUUCCUCCUCCCAUCCCUACGAGGUUUCUUACUACAUAGACUGCGGCGGACCCACCAACACCACCGAUCCAUUCAACACCGUUUGGCUUUCUGACCGCUUCUUCAGCAGCGGAACUCCCGCCAUUGUCUCCGAGCCCUUGCGUUUCCGUCACCCUCAGGAGAAGACUCUCCGUUACUUCCCCCUCACCUCUGGGAAGAAAAAUUGCUACUCCGUCCCUGUCCCGGAUGGCCGAUACUACAUGCGUACGUUCACCGUCUAUGACAACUACGACGGCAGGUCCCACUCCCCUUCCUUCGACACUUCCGUCGAGGGCACCUUGGUGUUCAGCUGGCGCUCCCCUUGGCCUGAGUCCCUUGCUCGCGACGGCGCUUACUCCGAUCUCCUCGCUUACGUCGCCGACGGCCAUCUAGACAUCUGUUUCUACAGCAUUGCCACCGAUCCCCCCGUCGUCGGCAGCAUCCAGAUAAACCAAAUCGACACCCUCUCUUACGACUCCAAUUUGAUCGGACGGAACCAUAUACUCGUCAACUACGGCAGGCUCAGCUGCGGGUCGGACCAAUGGGGCCCUGGAUUUACCAAUGACACGGACCUCUACGGUCGUUCUUGGCAGUCCGACUUGAAAUUUCGAUCCCAGGGCUCCUCCGCAAGCUCAGCCGGAACGGUCAAAACCCUUUCCACCAGCCACCCCAUAGGCGGAACCAACUCGCCACCCAACUAUUUUCCGGACAAGUUGUACAAGACGGCGGUGACGGUCAGCGGAGACGCGACAUUGGAGUAUGAGCUGCCGGUGGACGCUAAGCUGGACUACUUGGUGUGGUUUCACUUCGCCGAGAUUGAUUCGAGUGUGACGAAGCAGGGGCAGAGGGUGUUCGACGUGGUUGUGAAUGGAAAAAACGUGAAUAGAAUUGAUAUAUACAAGCAGGUUGGGGGCUUCGCAGCAUAUUCUUGGAAUUAUGUGGUGAAGAACCUGAGCAGUACCGUGUUGACCGUAAGGCUGGUGCCGGUGGUAGGUUCACCGGUGAUUAGCGGCCUCGAGAAUUAUGCCCUGGUUCCUGCUGAUCUUUCCACUGUACCUCUGCAAGUGCUUGCCAUGAGAGCAUUGAAGGAGUCGCUUCGAGUUCCUGAUAGAAUGGGUUGGAAUGGUGAUCCUUGUGCUCCUACAAGUUGGGAUGCUUGGGAGGGAGUUACAUGCCGUCUUGAGAAGAAUGAAAGUGCCCUUGUGAUAUCUCAAAUAGAUCUUGGAAGCCAAGGCUUGAAAGGUUAUCUUAGUGACCAGAUCAGUUUUUUGACGAACUUGGUGAGCCUGAACUUAAGUACUAAUUCUUUGGCCGGUACGCUGCCAUCUGGGCUAGGUCAGAAAUCUCUCAGCCGAUUGGAUUUGUCACACAAUCAGUUUACCGGGUCCAUUCCAGAUAGUUUAACUUCUUCAAAUUUGCAGCUGGUGCUAUUGAAUGAUAACUUACUAGAAGGACGAGUACCAGAGGAACUUUAUUCAAUUGGUGUGCAUGGUGGAGCUAUUGAUGUCUCUGAUAACAAAGAUUUGUGUGGUGAGCACCCUUUGUCGGAAUGUCCACUAUUCUGGGAAAAUGGCGGCUUAUCUAAGAAGGGAAAAAUUGCGAUAGGGUUAUCGUCUCUUGUUGUUUUCUUAUUGCUGCUGCUGCUGAUCUACAUAUUCUACAUCAGAAGGGGUAGAAAUGAUUACGACUUUGGUCUACCUCAAGAUUUAAUGUCACUUGCCGCGAAGAGAAAUAAGUAUCAGAGGCAGAAAUCAUUGAUGCUUCUCGAAAUGGAGAGCCAACAUGCCAAGGGACUGCCAUCGCCUUUAACUCCUUAUUAGUCGAGUUUUGAAAAAAAAGCAGAGAAAUUGACAUUAUGCGUCUUCCCCAUCACAAGAAAGGUACAAAGUGGAUCUUUAGUGUGAUUAAGAUGAUGAGAUAUGCUGUGAGUGACCGCUGCACCAGAAGGAUAGUUCCAGAGUUUUGGCGUUUAUUACAAUUUGUUCCGAAAUGGGCAUAUGCAUGGGGGAAUAAUGCCAUAUAUCUUGUUUUUAAUGAGGCCACCCCCACACCCCCCCCAAAAAAAAAAAAAAAAAAAAAAAUAGAAAACCAAAAUUGUAUCAUAAGCAUAUGCAGCAUUUGAUGAGAGUAUCCGAUGUAAAUCAUUAGUGUAUGUCUCGUUAUACCAACUGGUCCCCGGUUCAUUAUUGCUGCAUGAUCAACUUAGGUCCAUUAUACACCAACUUGGUACACCUCAGAAGAUGCCAUGCUUUUUUAAUUUAUUGGUAACGACAGGUCGAAAAUGUUCUAAAGUUUCUAUAGAAAUGUUUUCCACUUUCUUGCUUGUU